CUGCCCAGGGAAGGAGCCUGCAGACGUCACCGCCCUCCUCCUUGACACCAGCCCAGCCCCACGCCACCAUGUGCCACACCAGCUGCUCCUCAGGCUGCCAGGCUGCCUGCUGCACACCCAGCCCUUGUCAGGCAUCCAGCUGCGUGCCAGUGAGCUGCCAGCCAGCCGUGUGCACACCUGUGAACUGCCAGCCAGCCGUGUGCACACCUGUGAGCUGCAGGCCCGCUGUGUAUGUGGCCCCCUCCUGCCAGUUCUUGGUGCAUGUGCCAGUGAGCUGCAAGCCAUCUGCUUCUGUGGCUCCCUGCUGCCAGCCCUCCGGGUGCUGCCAGCCCUCCUGCCCCACCCUGGUCUGCAGACCCGUCUCCUGUAGCUCCCCUUGCUGCUAUUGACCACGAGUCCCUUACUCAGCUGCUCCCAGUGCAGAUGGGUGCACAUCUGUACCCCUCCCGGAACGAGUCCUGGUGGGCCUCCAGAUUCUGCCGGUGGCAGAUGAAAAACAUGCUCAACGAAGCCUCUGACCUCCAGGGUGAGAAUUCGGAAGGAUGAUCUGGAUCCCUCUGUGACCCUGUGCAUCCCCUCAGGGAAGCCCUGGCUCCCAGGGUCGUUCUCUGUCUCCAGCAGGAAACCAAACCCCAUGUGAGCCAAAUAAAUCGUGCUUUCCCAUGC